AUGUACACCCUGGACACCCUGUUCCAACAACUCGGUGGAUGUGGGCGAUUUCAAGUUAUUUUUGUUGCCAUGGGAUACUUUCCUCUUCUACCAGCCACCUGGGGACUCGUGUUUAUGAUCUUUGGCAACUACAACCCCGGGUUGGAAUGUGGCCAUAGCUCACUUGGCAACCUCACAUCUGUAUUUGAAUACAGCAACAACUCUACGGAACAUCGUGAAAGCAACGUCAGAGGGUACACAGAAAUACCGUGUAAUUGUGACUCCAUCAAAACCUAUAAAGACUGGACUUUCAACCAAGCAGCUUCUACAGUAGUUACCGAAUGGAGUUUGAUCUGUGAUGACGCGUGGAAGAGCUCCACUAUCAUAUCUGUCCAGAUGGUUGGGGUCUUCAUUGGAGCCUGUGCAGGAGGACAGAUCGGAGACAAAUUUGGUAGGAAAGUCAGCGUUCAUGGCGGUGCAGCAAUGCUUAUUGUGACUAACAUCAUAGCCAUAUUUUCUGUUUCCUGGGCAAUGUACGCUGUUGUUAGAUUCUUUAUAGGCUUGGCUGUUGGAUCGAUGCUGUCAACUAACGCUGUUUACUGUAUGGAGUUUGUGCCCGCCUGGUGGAGAGGGUUUAUUGGAACCUUUCCCUUUUGGACCUUUUCCACGUUUUCUUAUGGUUUAUGCGUGAUGGCGUUGAAGAACUGGAAGCAUGUUCACAUAGCUACUGCUUUUGUUGCCAUGUUGGCUUUCCUGCCCGUGAUCUGGCUUCCAGAAAGUAUGCGGUUUCUAGCAGUUCAUGGGCAUGUGAAACAGGCAAACAAAGUUGUCAAGAAAAUUGCCAGGUUAAACAAGAAACCGUUACCGGAUACGUCCAUCGUGACAAAAAUUGCAGAAGUAGAGAAAGAGUCUUUGAAGGAAAGAUCUAGUUACACAUACCUUCAUCUCUUCCAUAGAAGCAUCCGCAAAUAUACCAUUGUUCUGGGAAUGACUUGGUUUAUCCUGUCCGUCUCAAAUAAUACUAUAGGAUUUGGACUAAAAGCUUUCUCUGGGGAUUUCUUUAUAAAUCUUGUCAUAUUUCUGGUCUUACCUUUUCCAGCGAGAUUAUUUCUUGUAUUGAUUACAACGAAAGUUGGCAGAAAGAUGGCGGUUGCUUCGACGAUGUGUCUGUCCUUUAUCUGCUCGUUUGUUGUAGUUGGCAUACAGUUGCUGGCACCGGAAGAGACUAGGGGACUGGCAACAACCGGCCUGGCCUUUGUAGCCAACAUGAUUAUGGAAGCAGGAUGGGGCGCCUCUGUUGUGUUGAUUGUUGAACUCUUCCCUACGGGAGUCAGAAACAUGGCGUAUGCAUUCUGCAAUGGUCUGGCGAGAAUUGGAUCAAUGAUCUCACCGUUUCUGAUUCCCAAACAGUCGCUGCCCAUGUGGGGGUUGUUCCUCCUUAUUGGGACGCUUCUGCUGUUGUGUUUUAUCUCCAUCCUGACACUGCCGGAGUCAAAAGAAAGACCACUCCAGGAAAAUCUACAGAGGAAAGCAAAAAAGGAGAAUUCGGAAAUAGCCAGCAGUAUGUAA